AUGGGCGUUUUUAAUGAACGAGCAGCUUUAGCAUCAAGUAUUACGCAUUCCAUAGAACUUGUUGACAAACAAUCAGCAAUAUUCGCUCUUUAUAAUACCAACAAACAAAAAUCAACACGAAAUUUAAGUCGAGAAUCUGGUUCGUUUAUUUUUCUUCAACUUGUUAAACAAGUUCUUCACAAAAUGUCAUCAAGUGAAGAGGCUACGAAAACAAGUAAACGAGAAAUGCUGGACACAUGUCGUUUAUAUUAUCGAGGAAAUAAGAAAGCAAUGGAAGAUAUUGAUAAAUUUGAGCUUGAAUACACAUCAGAUCAAGCUAUUAAAUGGUAUACCGAAAAUUCAUUUAUUUACAGACUUAUCAACAAAGCUUUGCGAACUGAAGAUAUUAAUGCCUUGUAUACAUAUCGAUUCUAUAUUGUUGAUCUGUGUACAUGUUUGGCUGAACAGAGUAAAGAAUUAUAUGAUUCUGCGUCAAAUAUGCAUGUCUACCGAGGAGUGAGGAUGCCUCAGAAAGAAAUUGAACGACUUCGUGAAAGUGUUGGUCAUCUUAUUUCAGUGAAUGCUUAUUUUUCAACCAGCAGACAACUGAAUGUGUCAGAAGCAUAUGCAGGCAUUGGAUCAACUAACAUAUCUUCCGAUCUCGGCUCUGUUGUUUUUGAUAUAGAAGUAGUUCUGGAAGAAUAUCUGACGACAAUUGUUGCAGAUGUAAGACAUCUUAGUAGAUUUAGAGAUGAAGACGAAGUUUUGUUUGAUAUUGGUACAGUUUUCAAAAUUCAAUCCAUGAAGUAUAAUGAACAACAGAACUAUUGGCAGUGUCGAAUAAUAACAACUGAUGAAGGCCGCGCUAUUGCCAAAGAAUAUAUUGAUUUAAAACAGAUCGAAUUGAAUGGAUCGAAUGAUAUUGAAAGUACCUUUGGUGAUUUAUUAUUUGAAAUGGGAGAAUGGCUCAAAUCUCGUACAUAUUUUCAGAAUGUGGCAGAACGUCGUCCAAAUGAUCCUUAUAUUCUGUUUGGUAUUGGUCGAUCACAUUAUAAUUUCUGUGAAUCAGACCAGGCCAUGUCAUAUUUCAGGACAGCUUAUGAUCUAUGUAUGAAAGACAAUGAUAAACGAUUGACAUUAGCAGCUACAAUAUGUCGUUAUAUGUGUAGAGUGCAUGAAGAUUGCAGUAAUUACAGGGAAGCCCUGUCGUUUGGGAAUGAAGCCAUAGGACUUUAUCGACGAGCUGGUGAAGAUGAUAAUCAAUUAGGUAUUGCCCAAGUCUUAAUCGAUAUUGGAAGAGUUUACCACGGCCAAAGUAAUAACGAUGCAAGUUUAGAAUAUUUUCAACGUGCGUAUUCAAUUAUAAAAAAUAUCUAUGCAUUUGAUCAUCCUGAGGUUAUCAGUUGCCUUGCUUAUCUCGCAUUUGCUUACUACCACAGAGGAGACUAUAAAGAAUCGCUUAGUUUUAUGUUAGCGUGCUUGACCAUCAAUCAAAAACUUCUUCCCAACGAUCAUCCAAAUAUUGUUGCCAUCGAAAAUCACAUUGGAAAACAAUAUUACAAACAAGGCAAGUAUGAACAAGCUCUUGAGCGAUUUCUUCGAGCAGCCGAUAUCUACAAGCAAGGGGAAAACUAUAAUUCUCGUACUCAUGCAAUCAUAUAUAACAACAUUGGUAAAGCACUCUAUCGUCUUAAUAAACUAGAUGAGGCAGAUAUGUACUACGAGAAAGCAUUUUAUGUGAUCAAGCUUUUCUCAUCAACAUCCGAUCACAUUGAUUUGGCUUACACAUUCAAGAAUAUGGGUGAAACCCAAUUAGCACGUGGUGAUGUAAUCAAUGCUCUUUAUUGGUUCAAACGUGCGCAUGACAUGUACGAACAUCUCUUUGCGCAUAAUGGUGAUCAUCGAGAUAUUGCCAAAUGUAAAUAUCUCAUUGCACUAACUCAUAUUGAGCUUGGCAAUGAUGAUGAAGCUGCCAAUAUGUUCGACAAAGCAUUACAAAUAUGGACAAACAUACUACCGAAGGAUCAUCCAGAUCUAGCUCUUGGACAUCGAUCAAUGGCUGAAUUUUACUUUAAGAAAAAAGAUGAAGUGAGAGCCAUUAUGCACUUUCAAAUGGCAUUCUCCAUCUAUGAAAAAUCUCUGCCAACUGAUCACGAUUGA